AUGUCCGAUCAGAACAUUCAACCUGAUAAAUAUAGCGAAUUGCGAAGUAAAUAUAAAUAUUAUAUCAAUUCAUAUCAUGCAUUGUACCAGCUUAAAACGGAAAACAAAGAAGAAUUACACUCAAUUUACAAAAUGAUAAAUACAGAGUUGAUUGAUUCAAAGAAAUAUCUCGCUACAAGUGUUAUGAAAGACAUUUUAAAUAUCAUCCGGUAUAAUAAUCGCUAUACAAAGUCAUAUUUAUUUCUUGCAAAACUCAUAUUUGAUAAUUAUCAGGUUAAAAAGGUCGAAAAUGUCAAUAUUAUUUCAUACUUACUAUUUUUCAAAGAAUAUAGAAUUAGAUUAUACGAAUCUUAUAGUAUCGAAGAAAUUAUAUUAGAAAAUCUGGAUAUUCAUAAAGAAAAUUCAAUUUACAGAGCAAUUAUGAAUGACGACAAAGAAAUAUUCAUUUCAUUCACAGAAAGAGAUGAAUUUAAUAAAGAUCAAAAACUUAAAAGCGAUUUAUAUCCAUAUUGUACAGACGGAUAUUCAUUACUUGAAUUAUGUUGUUAUCAUGGAGCAGUUGACUGUUUCAAGUUAUUAAGAACGAAAUUUCAUUCUCAAAUAACUAAUACUUGUCUUCAAUUUUCAUUUUUAAGAGGAAAUCCAGAGAUCAUGAGUGAAUGUUUGAAAUAUCAAACACCAGAUAAAUAUUGCAUGGCAUAUGCAAUUAUAUCGCACAACAUUGAUUUUGUUACAUUUUUAAUGAAUGAAUACAAUUUAGAGAUCAACUUAUUUGAUUGCGGAGAACAUAAAAAUCUUGAAUCAUUUUUAGUUUAUUUCGAUCAAACUAAUGAUAUUAGCAAAUGCUUUGUAAAUUCAGCAAUGUUUAAUAUUCCAUCUCUUUGUGAAUACUUCCUUUCAAAUGGUGCAAAUAUCAAUGAAAAACGUGAAUAUAUAUUAACUGCUCUUCAUAUUGCAGCGCAGAGAAACAAUAAAGAAGUGGUUGAGAUUCUUCUUUCUCAUGGUGCAAAUAUUAAUGUAAAAGAUGGCAUGGAGGAAACUGCUCUUCAUAAGGCAGCAAAUCGUAAUAGUAAAGAAACAACUAAGGUUCUUCUUUCACAUGGUGCAAAUAUCAAUGAAAAAAAUAACAAUGGGAAAACUGCUCUUCAUAUUGCAGCAUAUUGUAAUUAUAAAGAAUUAGCUGAAGUUCUUCUUUCACAUGGUGCAAAUAUCAAUGAAAAAGAUAACAAUGGGGAAACUGCUCUUCAUAUUACACUAAAUCGUAAUAGUAAAGAAACAACUAAGGUUCUUCUUUCACACGGUGUAAAUAUUGAUGAAAAAGAUAACAAUGGAUCAACUGCUCUUCAUAUUGCAGCAUAUUGUAAUUAUAAAGAAUUAGCCGAAGUUCUUCUUUCACACGGUGUAAAUAUUAAUGAAAAAGAUAACAAUGGGGAAACAGCUCUUCAUAAGGCAGUAUAUCGUAAUAGUAAAGAAACAAUUGAAGUUCUUCUUUCACAUGGUGCAAAUAUUAAUGUAAAAGAUGGCAUGGAGGAAACUGCUCUUCAUAAGGCAGCAAAUCGUAAUAGUAAAGAAACAACUAAGGUUCUUCUUUCACAUGGUGCAAAUAUUGAUGAAAAAGAUAAUAAUGGAUCAACUGCUCUUCAUAUUGCAGCAAAUCGUAAUAGUAAAGAAACAGCUAAGGUUCUUCUUUCACAUGGUGCAAAUAUUGAUGAAAAAGAUAACAAUGGGGAAACAGCUCUUCAUAUUGCACUAAAUCGUAAUAGUAAAGGAACAACUAAGGUUCUUCUUUCACAUGGUGCAAUAACAAAUAUGUUCUUCCAUAAGAUGCUAAUAUUUCUUUUUCUGAUAGUUUCGAUAUUGUUUUUCAUUAGGAAUAAAGAUAAUUGA